AUGGAUAUGUAGUGAUACAAAAGUCACUAAAGGUACAUUUUUUCACUCAUGAUUAUAAAUCUUUGGCGGGAAAGAGAAAAGAUGGCGGAAGAUGGUAAGAAAAUCGGCGUUGAUCAAAAUGAACUCGAACUCGAACACGAAGGGCACAGAAUAUCUAUUGAUAAGUUGAUAAAUACAUUGGAAAAUGAAGAAGCAAUUCGAAGAAAACCACCGGCACUUUACAAUGGUACCUCUGUCAUUGUUUGUUUGCAAGAAGAAGCAUGUCAUAAUGGUUUGAGUGAUGAGCAAAUUACACGUCUUCUCAACAUUUGCUGCAGUAAGAAAUUUGUUGAUGCUGUGAGAAAUCAAAUCAUCAAAUGUUUGAUUCCAAGACAUGGCAUUUCAGCAGAUUGUAUAAUAAAUGUUUUUUCAAGAAUGAGUGCAAACAUUAUCAACACCAGUAUUCAGGUAUCGUUAUUGAAAUGGAUAAUAAUGGUGUACGAAUUGAUUGAUGACAGGGAUAAAGUUCAUAAUUUAUACGGCAUGAUAUUUCACUUUUUGGACAACGAUACUUUGUGUCCUUAUGUUUGUCACUUGUUGUAUCUUAUGACGAGAAAGGAUGAUGUGAAGGCUUUUAGACUGAGAAAGUUAUUGGAUCUUAUGGGAAAAGUGGGACAACAGUCGUAUUUGAUUGGACUUUUAUAUUUAUACAAAAUCUACUCGCCCCAUUUGGUGUCUGUCAAUAUUCCCAACAUAAAAAAGGCAUUCUUCAAAAGAAAAGAUGCAAAGUGGUUGGAUAUUUUGUGGAAAGUAAAUUCAGCUUAUCAAGGAAACAAGACAGGGGAAGCAAGGCUAAUGAAGCAAGAAAAUAAAAUGUUCAUUUUGCAGGAGACAAAAAGACGAAGAAAAGAUCACUUUCUUCAUUCAUCACACAGUUAUUAUACAAAUGUUCACGAUGGAGAAAUGAACACGAAAGUAACCAUGGACAAAAUAACGUGUUUCGACGAUUUUCUCUCAAACAUUGAUUAUAUAGAGUAUCCUAAUCAAAUGGGUUGUAUUUUUGAAUCUCAAUAUUUACAACUUUAUUUGACAAUAACUCAAGAUGAAGCAGCCAUUGUACGACUGAAUUUUUGGCUUCAACAAGUUCUUUACGAAGAGCUAGUAAGUGCACCAUCUGCUGUUAUAAGAGAAAGAGUUCGGAAGCUUCUUCAAGCAAUACUUAAUUUUCUCAUGGUCUACCAGAAACCACUGUCAUCUUUGGAGCUUUGUCUUUCACAAUAUUUGGUUGCGUGGAAUGGCGCAGAUUAUCAAACGUUGAUAUUUUUACUUAUCUCUCAAAUGCCGAUGACACCAUAUGAAAAGUUGAAUGAUUUGGUACUCGAACCUCUACGAAAUUUAUUCUUUUGCUCAGCUGUCGAGUUCAAGUGUCAAGUUCUGAGUUGCUUCACGGAAAUGCUAAUUACAUAUGCACGUUCAGCAAUGAUCAUUUCAUUGGAAGAGAAAAAUAAAUCAAUGCGAGCUUCUUAUGAACAAAUGAGUCUCGACAAGGAAGAAAUUUGUACUGUAAUGAUGAAUUUAGUAAAAUUUGUUGAUAAAAUUUCAACUAUGGCCAUGCAGAUGGAAAGUGACAACAUACUACUUCAACACUGCAUAUUGUAUUUCUUUGAGCAGGUUUCCACGCUUCAUCAUCGUUUUCCUGGAGUAAAUUUUGUUUACACACCUUCUCCCACCAUCGUAUAUCGAUUUAUUUUUUCUACAAAUCCUAUGACUAUAUCGAGACUUUGUAAUGUUAUGGUAAAUAUAAAAGAUACAUUUGAGUACCAGAAGCGUGCAACCACGAAACACGAGUGUAUUGGGUUUGAUAAAGUUGACCAGUUCAAUCGAUAUAUUCUUGAUAUAUGUGACACAAUUUGGAGAAAUAAAGCUUUUGAAGAUCGCUCUAAUUCAUUAUGUUACAGCAUACCAAGACCUAUAACACAGUCCCUUGAAAUCCCACAUGUUAACGAGCGCUUCUCGAUUUUAAAUCAUGUAGCGUUUGUUUUUCUUGCAAAGAAAUAUUUGGAAGAGACGCAAAAAAAGGACAUAAGAGUGAAUCCAAGUUUAAUUCGAGGGAAAGUAAGAACUGUUUACCUUGAAUUUUUGAAAAGUCAAAACCAUAAUGGAAUUAUCAGGUUUUUAAACACUUUUAUCAAACAAAGGACAUCAUCAUCUGUCAACUGACUAUUGUGAAACUAAACAAGGAAACUUUACUUCUUUAUUUAACACCUAUAAGUGCAUUAACUUACCAAAAAACACAGAGCAACAGUAUUGUAACAUAGUAUUAUAUCUCCAACAAAGGUUUGCUUGCAAGCACUGAACUUGACCCAAAGUAUGUAAAUAAUAUUAAUGUAAUAAUGGUCAAACAUUUUAUAUUUUUGGAA